AUGAGGUUAACCAAGAACAAGGCCUCUGGAAAGGUAACCAAGGAACAGGGCCUGCUGAAGGUAACUCCAAGGAACAAGGGCCUGCUGAAGGUAAACCAAGGAAACCAGGGCCUGUGGAAAGGGAACAAGGAAGGAAAGGGCCUGCUGAAGGUAACCAAACCAAGGAAGGGAAAGGGCCUGCUGAAGGUAACCAGCACAGGCCUGCUGAAGGUAACCAAGGAACAGGGCCUGCUGAAGGUAACCAAGGAACAGGGCCUGCUGAAGGUAACCAAGGAGAAGGGCCUGCUGAAGGUAACCAAGGAAAAGGGCCUGCUGAAGGUAACCAAGGAACAGGGCCUGCUGAAGGUAACCAAGGAAAAGGGCCUGCUGAAGGUACCAAGGAAAAAGGCCCUGCUGAAGGUAACCAAGGAGAAGGGCCUGCUGAAGGUAACCAAGGAACAGGGCCUGCUGAAGGUAACCAAGGAACAGGGCCUGCUGAAGAUAACCAAGGAACAGGGCCUGCUGAAGGUAACCAAGGAACAGGGCCUGCUGAAGAUAACCAAGGAACAGGGCCUGCUUGAGGUAACCAAGGAGAAGGGCCUGCUGAAGGUAACCAAGGAGCAGGGCCUGCUGAAGGUAACCAAGGAACAGGGCCUGCUGAAGGUAACCAAGGAACAGGGUCUGCUGAAGGUAACCAAGGAACAGGGUCUGCUGAAGGUAACCAAGGAGAAGGGCCUGCUGAAGGUAACCAAGGAACAGGGUCUGCUGAAGGUAACCAAGGAGAAGGGCCUGCUGAAGGUAAGGGCCAAGGAUCAUGGGUCUGCUGAAGUAACCAAGGGCCAAGGAGAAGGGCCUGCUGAAGGUAACCAAGGAACAGGGCCUGCUGAAGGUAACCAAGGAGAAGGGCCUGCUGAAGGUAACCAAGGAACAGGGUCUGCUGAAGGUAACCAAGGAGAAGGGCCUGCUGAAGGUAACCAAGGAACAGGGUCUGCUGAAGUAACCAAUGGAGAAGGGCCUGCUGAAGUAACCGGGCAAUUGAAAAAGGGGCCUGCUGAAGGUAACCAAGGAAAAGGGCCUGCUGAAGGUAACCAAGGAACAGGGUCUGUUGAAGGUAACCAAGGAGCAGGGUCUGCUGAAGGUAACCAAGGAGAAGGGUCUUGCUGA